AUGAGUUGAGAGGCCAGCGGAAACCUGUUAUAAAAAUGUGACAGGUUUUUAACUUGUCUUACUUUAGCUGAAGGUCAAAUGUAACAACUGAAAUUGGUAAUGCACGGUUCAGAAAUAGGAUUGUUUUUUUGGUUUUCAAGGGCUUAAAUGUUAUCAAACAAGAAGGCUUUUGGCCUAAAUUGUCUCUAAAAUUGUUCUGUGUUUAGUUGGGGAGAUGGAAGACAAAUACAUGGAAGAGAGAGUCUGCAGAAAAGAAGAAGAAACAGUUGGGUAUAAAAUGUACAAAGGGGUUCGUCAGAGAAGGUGGGGGAAAUGGGUAUCUGAAAUUCGACAGCCAAGGAAUAAACGAAGAAUAUGGCUUGGGACUUACGAUACUCCACACAUGGCGGCUCGAGCUUACGACGUAGCAGCUUUCAGCCUUAAGGGAAGCAGUGCUUUGCUUAAUUUUCCUGAGCUCGUGACAACUUUUCCCAAGCCAUGUUCGUUAGAUCCUCGUGACAUACAGUCUGCAGCUUCUCUUGCGGCUCGUUCUUGCUCUUCUCACAAUCUCCAGGAAUCUUCUUCUUUGCAAAGAAGAGUAGAAAUAACCAGUGCAGUCUCAUCAGAUCAAGCAGGGAUAGGGAAAAUCUCUACAAAUUCCACUGGUUACAAGGACUUGGAACUGCGGUUAGCGUUGUCUGAUGAAAAAUCAUAAGCACUGGAGGUUAGAUUUGGAGAGAAUUUAAUAUUUGCUAGUGAAAAUUUGGGAAUAAUCUGUUGAAUAGAAUCUAAGUCUAUUCAAGAUAUUAUGUAUAAGAUCGGAAAGAGUUGUUUCUAAAUUAGAUUGUGUGAUAAUUUUAACAUUGACGUUUAGAAUCACAAAUACUAUCUGUAUCUGAAUCUAUAUCUGAUUAGGUAGAUAAUAUAAUUGUUGAACGAUUGAAAACUUAAUGUUAUUGGAUGCUCGGCUAUUUAUGUAGGUGUGGCCUGGUUCUUCAAUGUUAGUUUAAGCAUCAUAUUAAUUUGGAGAUGAGUGCUUUUUUU